UGCACCUUCUUACUCUCACUAUCCUUUGUUGUAGCUUCGUCCGAUAUGGCUUCUUCUUCUUCUUCUUGUUCCGUCCUUGUCACGUAAUCUACUCUUCUUGUUUUUUUCCUCAAACGGCUCCAAGAAAUUACGCUCCAAACCUCCAGGGACUCCAACUUUGAUCCUAAAACCUACCUGGACUUUCCCUUCAGGUUCACCCUCUUCGAGACACACCAAGCAUUCCAAAAUCUUCCAAGAUUGAGUUCCAAUGGGGCGAUUUCUGUGUAGGUGCUGAUACUUUGAAGGCGCAUGGGAUGAUUUGGUGUACUGGCAACCAUGUUAUUUCGUUGCAUAGCCAGAAAUGUUUUUGACAAAGGUAAAGCACCUAGAGGUGAGGGCGUGGGCUUUGAAGGUUCAUUCACUUUGGAGGAACUUGAGCUGUAAGGUAACCUGGGAAGUCGAAAAGAACUCGCAGCUGUAACUCUACUUCCCCUGCCAAACCCUGUUAUUUUUCCUGGUUCACGCUUUUGUGAGGUCUAUUAUUGGGACUCUUAUUGGGUCAUUCGGUUAGUUCUUCUUCUAUUUCCAUUUCUCUUUCUCUUUUCAGAGCAUUAUAAGGAAUAAGAAUGCUUUCAUUUUUUAGUAGUGCAGGGGCUUGCCGGUGAGUAAAAUGCAUAAGAUUGCUACUGCUAUUGUAAUGAAUCUUGUUUCAUUAAUAGAAAAAUAUGAAUUUGUGUUCAAUGAGGCUAAACAGUACUACACUAACAGGAGAUAUACACAGAGUGACCAUUGUGGAUUUUCAAGGACAUUCUCAUAACUUGAAUCGCUAUAAGACAAUGUGGAACAUACCCAGGCAAGUGUCGUCCACAAUGAUGGAACUUAAUAUUGCCUUCUUUGCAAAAGCUAUUGGAGACGGAACCACCGCAAAACACUUCAUGGAACUUUCUAAUGCUAGCAAGAAGGCGAUAAAUUCCAUUUUCUGGAGUGCAAGCAAGAAGCAAUGGCUCGAUUACUAGCUCAACAAUCGCCUUCUACUGCAUUGCUAAUCUCUUCGACACUCUUAGGUGGCUCAUGUUUGGGAAGCUAAGUAUCAGAAUAAAAAUGUAAUUGCUUUUAAUUUUGUUCGUUUAUGGAUGGAGCCAUUUUACUAAGGUAUUCUUAAUAUGAUAUCUUCAUAAAAUAACAAGUGAAUAUAACU